AAAACAUGUCAAAUUUAACGAAAACAUCGGCGGCAUAAUUUGUUCGUCUUCAUGAAAAAAUGUCUUUGGAAGAUCCUUUCUUCGUCGUAAAAGAAGAGGUUGAGAAGGCUUUGCAAACGUCCAAGAAUCUUUACACACGAUGGUGCCAGUUGGCCGACCAACCCAGCCAGGUGUCUGUAGAGGAGUAUAACUGGACCACAAAUGAGCUGAGAAACAGCCUGCGCAGUAUUGACUGGGAUGUGGAGGACCUAGAGGAAACUGUCGGUAUUGUUGAAAAGAACCCCAAGAAGUUCAGAAUAGAAGUCAGUGAGUUGAAAGAGAGAAGAGACUUUAUAGAACGCACCAAAUCUGCCGUUAGGGAGAUGAAAUCUCAGAUGACCUCACCGCAAAUCCGAACUACUGAGGAUACAAAUGUCAGACAGUCCUUAUUGAACCCCAAAAGCCCCAGCAAGGUGUAUGACAAGUACUCAAGGCUGGACAUGGAGGCUGAAAGAUCACAUCAGAGUUUCAUCGACGACACAACACAACACCAACAGCUGAUUAUCAAGGAUCAGGACGAACAGUUGGACUUGAUUGGUUCCAGCGUAGGAGCACUCAAAAACAUGAGUCAUCAAAUAGGCAACGAACUGGAGGAGCAAAACAGGAUGUUGGAUGACUUUGGCCAUGAGAUGGAGGUGACAGAGUCCAGGAUGGACAACGUCAUGAAGAAGAUGGCAAAGGUGCUGCACAUGUCCUCAGACAAGCGUCAGUGCUGUGCCAUAGGAGUGUUGCUGGUGAUAUUGCUCAUUGUGAUCAUACUGCUAGUGGUGCUCUGAAUACCACAGACAGCGCCUGGGGCUAAUGG